AUGUCUGUUCGUACCUGUAGCCAGCGCAUUGGCGCCGCAUUGCGGUCGCAGCGCUGCAAUGCUCAAGCCAGCACCCGUCGAUGCUACGCUUCUGCGGCCACGGCAGCUUCCACACUGCCCGCAGACAGGAUCAACGCCAUUGAGAAAGAGGCUACUUUGCGCACGCCAGAUCCUGCGGCCGACUCGCAGACAGCUCGUCUCGUCAACUCCCACACCCCGUACAUGGUCCCGACCUACGUUCGCCCGCCACCAGUCUUUCAGAAAGGAGAGGGAUGUUAUUUAUACGAUGUCGAGAACAGGCAAUACCUCGAUUUCACGGCCGGUAUCGCCGUGAACGCAUUGGGCCAUUGUGAUCCGGAGAUGAGCAAGAUUUUGUAUCAACAGUCACAAACCUUGGUUCAUGCUUCCAAUCUGUACUACAACCCAUGGACUGGAGCUUUAAGUCAGUUGUUGGUUGAGAAGACCAGAGAAGCUGGCGGCUUCAAUGCCACCCGGACGUUCAUCUGCAACUCGGGCAGCGAAGCCAACGAGGCCGCCAUCAAGUUCGCCAGAAAGUACGGGCGAAGCGUACAACCCGACGGCAGCAAAUACGAGAUGGUCAGCUUCCACUCAUCUUUCCACGGAAGGACAAUGGGCGCUCUCUCGGCCACGCCAAAUCCCAAGUACCAGAAGCCAUUCUCGCCGAUGGUUCCAGGCUUCAAGUACGGCACGUACAACGAUGUUGCCGGCAUCAACGAUCUUGUAACCGAAACUACCUGCGGUGUUAUCGUCGAGCCUAUUCAGGGCGAGGGUGGUGUAAAUGUUGCCACUCAUGAAUUCCUCCUCGCUCUUCGGAAGCGAUGCACUGAGGUAGGAGCAGUAUUGAUCUAUGAUGAGAUUCAGUGCGGUUUAGGUCGUACGGGCAAGCUGUGGGCUCAUGCAGAGCUUCCACCUGAGGCACAUCCUGACAUUCUCACCACUGCAAAAGCCCUUGGAAAUGGCUUUCCAAUUGGCGCAACUCUUGUUACUGAGGAUGUCUCCAGCAAGAUCGUCACGGGUGAUCAUGGAACUACUUUCGGUGGCAACCCACUGGGCUCGCGAGUGGCACAUAUGAUCGUUUCUCGGCUAUCGGAUCCUGAACUGCAGAAGGCCGUUCUGAAGAAGGAGGCUCGCUUCCGACAACACUUCGUCCGCAUCCACGAGGCUUUCCCAGAUGUUAUCCAAGAAGUCAGAGGACGUGGUCUGAUUCUGGGCUUGCAGCUGAAGUCGGAUCCUACACCCAUCAUCACUGCUGCUCGUAAGCGUGGCCUGUUGAUCAUCACCUGUGGCACCAACACUCUUCGCUUCGUUCCACCCCUCAUUAUCUCUGAAGAAGAGAUUGACCAGGGCAUGAAUAUCCUUGAAGAAGCCUUCAAUGCCGUCUUCCGGGAGCCAGGCAAGGUGGAGGGCACAGAUGGUCAGCAGGAGAUGAGAGCGUCGCGAUAG